CACUGCCCCCCCGCCGGCCAGGCUACGUGUUCCAGCGCGUGGGCACAGCGGCUGCGCGACGUGCCUGAAGUGGCUGUCCGCUGCCCGCCCCCGCCCCGACUCGACCCGCGGGUCUCCGUGCCACUGCUCCGGCGGGGCGGUUCCUUGAGCUGCUUUGAUGGGCUCCGCUCGGGGGGCCACGCCGCCUAGAAGCACGUGGGGGCGCCCGGGUGUGGCUGGGCCAAGAAAAGAUACCACCACCAAUCCCCGCCGCUGCUCUGCUCCACCUCGUGUCUCUUCUGGUGCCUGCCCUGUGCGGCGCUGCCCCGGAGUCGUGGCCACAGGCCUGUGCUGGCGCAUUCACGGACACCUGCUCUUUCUGCCAGCAGAGUGGGGCCCUGGUGCACUCCACUGAGUGCACCGAGCUGCAGCCACUGCCUCAGGAGCCUCUGGCUGCCUUUGCCCUGUGUGGUUUGGUUUAUGCAUCCCCCAUCUGUGGUCCCACCAAGACCCAGGACCUCCUAGUCAACCUCCUCUUGGCUCUAGCUAAGCUGUCCACUAACCUGCCCAGGAUAGGGGCUCUGGCCAGGGGACCACUGGUGACCAUGGGGCCAUCUUCCUGUCCCUCAUCAGCUCGUCUCCAGGCAGAGUUUCACUGGGUGAUGUCCAGUGGAUUGUUGGACUCAUUCAAGGGCCAGAGGUCUGGUGCACACUUGGAGCAGUGCCCCCGUUGGAGCACUUAGACCCCUGCUCUUGUCUGUUUCCACAUUAGUUGUCCCCAGAACUCUGGCCACACGUGUAGCAGGCCUAACAAUUUCCAUGUGGGCCCAGGCCCAUGUUCCCUAUGUGCACCAAAUAGGUCUGUCUGUCCCAUGUCUCUCCAGCCCCCACCGCUCCUCUAUCCUGACUCUGCAGACACAUGGCCUGGUACUGUGACCCUGUCUGCACAGGACUCAUGGUGGCACUGUGAGGACUGCCUGUAGGAUCAGGAAGAAACGGUCACUGGUUUAUGUAAGAAACUAAAAAGGGGAACUGAAAGGGUGGGGUUAGCUCUCUGUGCUCUUCCUGCCUCCGAGCUCUCUGAGAGAAUGUGUCUCCUGCUGCCAUUCCUGCUGCGAGCUGAUUACAUCUUUGUUUAAAACAAGCCGCCCACGGGGCGUUCCUUUGUCCUGAUACUGCUGGGAAAGCAUCCUCAGUGAGCAGAGUUAGCUCCAAGGCAUGUGCAUGGAGGAGGAGUGACAGAAGUUCAUCACGGCAGGCCAGCAAGUGCAGCACAGAGGACGAGGCAGAGGGCAACAUGGCAGCUAUUCUGGAGAGUAUCUUCCUGAAACGUUCACAACAGAAGAAGAAAACGUCUCCUCUCAACUUCAAGAAGCGCCUCUUCCUCCUGACAGAAAGCAAGCUCUCCUACUACGAGUACGACUUCGAGCGUGGACGGCGAGGCAGUAAGAAGGGGUCAGUGGACAUUGAGAAAAUCACCUGUGUGGAGACGGUGGUUCCAGAGAACAACCCACCCCCGGAGCGGCAGAUCCCGAGAAAGGGAGAAGAUUCCAAUGAGAUGGAGCAGAUCUCGAUCAUAGAGAGGUUCCCAUAUCCCUUCCAGGUGGUGUAUGAUGAAGGACCCCUCUAUAUCUUCUCACCAACAGAGGAGUUACGCAAGCGCUGGAUCCACCAGCUGAAGAGUGUGAUCCGCUACAACAGCGACCUGGUACAAAAGUACCACCCCUGCUUCUGGAUUGAUGGACAAUACCUGUGCUGCUCUCAGACGGCCAAGAAUGCCAUGGGCUGCCAGGUCCUGGAGAGCAGGAAUGGAAGUUUAAAAACUGGACGGUCUCAUCGCAAGACAAAGAAGCCUCUUCCUCCAACGCCCGAGGAGGAUCAGAUGAUGAUGAAGCCACUACCCCCUGAGCCAGCUCCCAGCAUGCCAGGUGAAAUGAAGAAGGUUGUGGCACUUUAUGACUAUGUGCCAAUGAAUGCACAGGACUUGCAGCUGCAGAAGGGGGAAGAGUACUUCAUUCUGGAAGAAAGCGAUAUACCUUGGUGGAGAGCCCGGGAUAGGAAUGGGAAAGAAGGUUACAUCCCUAGCAAUUAUGUCACAGAGACCAGGGACUCUCUGGAAAUGUUUGAGUGGUACUCGAAAAACAUAACCCGGAGCCAAGCAGAGCAACUGCUGAAGCAAGAGGGGAAAGAAGGAGGUUUCAUAGUGCGAGAUUCCACCAGCAAGACAGGAAAAUACACAGUUUCAGUAUAUACCAAGUCCUCUGGGGACCUGCAGGGAACAAUCCGCCAUUACGUGGUAUGCUCCACACCCCAGAACCAGUAUUACCUGGCAGAAAAGCACCUCUUCAACACCAUUCCGGAGCUCAUCACAUACCAUCAGCACAACUCUGCCGGGCUUAUAUCCAGACUGAAAUACCCAGUGUCUCAAUACCGAAAAAAUGCUCCUUCCACAGCUGGACUGGGCUAUGGGUCAUGGGAGGUUGAUCCAAAGGAUCUGACUUUUCUGAAAGAGCUGGGGACUGGGCAAUUUGGAGUGGUAAAGUAUGGGAAAUGGAGAGGCCAAUACGAUGUGGCCAUCAAGAUGAUCCGAGAAGGAUCCAUGUCAGAGGAUGAGUUUAUUGAUGAAGCCAAAGUUAUGAUGGACUUGUCUCACGAGAAGCUGGUGCAGCUGUAUGGGGUCUGUACCAAGCAACGACCCAUCUUUAUCAUCACAGAAUACAUGGCCAACGGCUGCCUCUUGACCUACUUGCGGGAAAGCAGACAGAGGUUCCAGCCCUCUGAGUUGCUGGAGAUGUGCAAGGACAUCUGUGAGGCCAUGGAGUAUCUGGAGUCCAAGCAGUUCCUGCACCGAGAUCUGGCUGCUCGCAACUGUUUGGUGAAUGACCAGGGGAUUGUGAAAGUCUCUGAUUUUGGCCUUUCCAGGUAUGUCCUAGAUGAUGAGUAUACAAGCUCAGUGGGGUCCAAGUUUCCAGUGCGGUGGUCCCCCCCUGAAGUCCUGAUGUACAGCAAGUUCAGCAGCAAGUCCGAUGUCUGGUCUUUUGGCGUUCUGAUGUGGGAGGUUUACUCCCUGGGGAAGAUGCCGUAUGAGAGGUUCAACAACACUGAGACAACGGAACACGUCAUCCAGGGGCUGCGCCUCUAUCGGCCUCAGCAGGCCUCGGAAAGGGUCUAUGCCAUCAUGUACAGCUGCUGGCAUGAGAAAGCAGAGGAGCGCCCAACCUUCCGUGUCCUCUUGGGAAACAUCCUGGACCUCAGGGACGAGGAGCCCUGAGACACUGCCCUCGCACCUCUGCCACCGCCCGACAGACGCUGGAGCUUCUCGAAGGGGCCAAGAAGGAGCCGCGGCGCUCGCUGGGACGCCUUUGCCAGGAGCUUCCUUAGGGGUGGCGGGCCGCUCCGCGCGGUCGGACAGGGCGGUGCUGCCCCGCGGGUGCACGGGGCCUGGCACGACGGGGCAGCCGGGGCCCCGCGGGGCGGGGAAGGGCGGGGCUCGAGAGCUUUGUAAUAAAACAAUCUGCAAGGAGAGGAACCGCUGCUGCCUGCACCGCGCCUGCCCCUGCCCCCGCCCCCGCGGCCCGGACGCAGCAGCCUCCCAGCCCAGCUGCGGGGACACCAGCCGCUGCAGUUCUCGCCGCGCCGCAGGCACCCAUACGCACGCGCACUCACACCCAGCCCGCGGCCGG